GGGCGGCGGCGGCGCGUCCCCUCCCGGCGGCGCGGAGCGGUGCGGAGCGGAGCGGCGGAGCGGGGCGGAGCGGAGUGGAGCGGGCGGCGGUGCGGGCUGCGGUGCCACCAGCAGCGGGGCUCUGCGGGGCCGCGCCGGUCUCGCCCACCCCCCGGGCUCCCCUCCGGCUCUGCCCGUCCCUCCGCCUCCCUCCCGCCCCCCCUCCCCGUUUUUUUUUUUUUUUUCCGCUCCCCCCCCCCCCCCGCCUUCGUUUCUCCCAGCAACGCCGCCCCCCCCCCCGCCGCCCCCCCCCCAGCAAGAUGGUGCAGAAGAAAUCAGAGAUCCCGGGUUUCCACCGCUCUUUCAAGGGACAAAACCCCUUUGACCUGGAGUUCGACCAGUCCAACCACCUGGAACCAGUCUUCAACUUUGAGUGCCCGCCCCGUCCCGACAUGCCUUCAAGCCAACCCAUCGAUAUCCCCGAUGCCAAGAAAAGGAACAAGAAGAAGAAGCGCUGCAGAGCCACCGACAGCUUCUCGGGCAGGUUCGAAGAUGUUUACCAGCUGCAGGAGGAGGUGCUGGGAGAAGGGGCCCACGCCAGAGUCCAGUCCUGCGUUAACCUCAUCACCAACAAGGAGUACGCCGUGAAGAUCAUAGAGAAGCGCCUGGGUCACAUUCGCAGUAGGGUCUUCCGUGAGGUGGAGAUGCUCUAUCAGUGCCAGGGACACAGGAAUGUCCUGGAGCUGAUAGAAUUCUUCGAGGAGGAGGAGAGGUUUUACCUGGUGUUUGAGAAGAUGAGAGGAGGCUCCAUCCUGACCCACAUCCACCGGAGACGCCACUUCAACGAGCUGGAGGCCAGCGUGGUGGUGCGGGAUAUCACCAGCGCCCUGCACUUCUUGCACAACAAAGGAAUUGCACACAGAGAUUUAAAACCAGAAAAUAUUCUGUGUGAGAGCCCGGACCAGGUCUCCCCAGUGAAGAUCUGUGACUUUGACUUGGGAAGUGGCAUCAAACUCAACGGCGAUUGCUCCCCCAUCUCCACCCCGGAGCUGCUCACCCCGUGCGGCUCUGCCGAGUACAUGGCCCCGGAGGUGGUGGAAGCCUUCAACGAGGAGGCGUCCAUCUACGACAAGCGCUGCGACCUGUGGAGCCUGGGCGUCAUCUUGUACAUCAUGCUGAGCGGGUACCCCCCCUUCGUGGGCCACUGUGGCUCUGACUGUGGCUGGGACCGUGGCGAGGCAUGCCACACCUGCCAGAACAUGCUCUUCGAGAGCAUCCAGGAGGGGAAGUACGAGUUCCCCGACAAGGACUGGGCACACAUCUCCUUUGGAGCCAAAGACCUCAUUUCCAAGCUGCUGGUGAGAGAUGCCAAGAAGCGGCUCAGCGCAGCCCAGGUCCUGGAGCACCCCUGGGUGCAGGGGUGCGCCCCGGAUAACACCCUGCCGACUCCCAUCAUCCUGCAGAGGAACAGCAGUGCCAAAGAGCUCACCUCCUUUGCUGCUGAGGCCAUCGCUGUCAACCGCCAGCUGACACGGCGUGACAAAGACGAGGAGGAGGAGGCGGAGGAGGAAGCACGACCCAUCAUCAUCAAAGCUACCUCACGGGCCAUGCAGCUCUCCCCCCCCUCCGAGUCCAAGCUGGCCAAGCGGCGGCAGAAGAGCAGCCUGGCCAAGGCGGUGGCCGCCGGGCAGCACCUGGUGGCCCCACUGGUCCUGGUGGCUGACCAAGCCUGAGCUGUGUCCCUUGGACCUGCUGUACCCUCUGUGUCCACCCCCCUCCUCCUUUCUUUCUUUCUUUCCUCCCCACCCCAAAAUCCCACCAUUUCUGGCUAGUGACAAGAUCAGGACUCGUCCCUGUGGCUGGCUUCCAAGGUUUUGCUGAUCUUGUAGGUCUGGGGGUGGGAGGGUUUGUUUUAAGAUUUUUUAUUUUUUAUUUUUAUUUCUUAAGGUAUUAAAUCAAGCGUGAGGUUGCUUCACCCAGGGCACACUCAAGGACAUCUGACAGACACAUGGACUUUUGUUUCCUGACUUGGUUUUUUCUCUGACAUCUGCCCCCCCCCCCCCCCCCGCCCCUGCUCCCUGACACCAAAGGACUCUUUGUAUCUGCGGCUGCUUUGACGAUUUCAGCUCAUUUCAUACUGUGAACAAAAGACCCUCGGUCGCGUUUUCAACAACGGGAGUUGCGUUUUAACCUUGUCCCUCCCCUCGGAGCUGCAGGUUUUUCUCCGAUGUCGGGUUAGAUCCCACAAAACCCCCCUCCUGGGAGUCUAGGAGGCACCUCCCGGGUGCGGGGAGCCCCUCCGUCCCGUGCUUGGGGGUGUCCCCGGCUGCGCUCCGGGGGGAAACACGGUGGGUGAUGUGCAGGGAACUGCUCAGGCCGGGGAGAGAUGGUGUCAGCAAGGGAGCAGUGCCCCAUCCCACCGAACCACCCUCUCUCCUCGGCAGCCCGCUUCCAGAAUAAGCUAUUCACCCCCUUUUUCUUUUUUUUUUAAAAAAUUAUUUUAUUAUUUUUUUUUAAUUACUGUUAGUUUUAAACUGCUAGCUGUGCUUCUCUACAGGGCACGGAGAAAUGUCUUCCUUCCUUCCCUUCUGCGCUCUGGCCAGCAGCUCCCCAGGGGUAAGGUCAGAGCUGGGGGGGUGCGCAGGUGUUUGGGCCAUGCUGUUGUGCCGGGGUGGGUGUUGCACCCCUCUUUUUUUCAGAAGGACUGCCUGCUGGUGGCUGUGCCCUCGUGGAGGUGCAAGUGGGGGGGGGGGGGGGGAGGAAAUGAGGUCUCCAGGGCAGCCGGAGCAGCCAAAAAAUUCCCCUCUGGGAAUAGCGGAGUGCUCUAUGGAAACCCCCCCUUCAAUAGCGUUGGGACCCACUGCGGGGUGGUGUGAUCUGGUGUGGCUUUGGGCUGGCCCCGAGCCUGUGGUGGCAGGAGGGUCUUGGGGGCACAGGGGGGUGCCAAGUGCCCCAAGGAUGCUGGUGGGGGAGCGGCCAGGCUGGUGGUAGCACCCAAGAGCGGCAGUGCGGGGGAGCAGCCUGGGGAGGGCUUGGGAUGUGGGGGCAGGGGGUGUGGGGUCGGGGCAGCAGCGCCUGCGUUGUGCAGGGUCUGUCGGGCGUUGGGGGAGAGCUGGGCAUGUGUGUUUGUGUGUGUGUGCAUGUGCAUCCAUGUUCAUCCGUGUUCACGUGUCUGCAUGCAUGGUGUUGCCCGUUCCUCAGCUUGCGUUGGGAACGCGCGUGGGGAAAGGAUUUGGGAUGCUGAGUGGGGAUGAGGCCCUUGGCUGUUCUCUGCCGCGCAGGGCUGGAUCCGUCCAGGCGAGCGAGUGGUGCCGGUGCUCGGAGCCGGGCUGGCCUCCAGCUCCUCCGCGCACCCCUGCGCCAACCAGAGCAGCAAACCUGCGUGGCUGCGGGUUGUGCCAACCUGCUGCACCCGCUGCCAUCCCAGCUCCCACCGGGCAGGAGGGUGCCCCCCCUCCGUUAGCCAUCUCCUUUCCCUUCCGACUCCAUGCUUCGAGCUUUACAGUUGGCAAAAAGCAGCCUUGGUGCGUCGUCGUGUGCGCGGGUGAAGGCUUCGGGAGCUGGCUUUGAGCCGGGGAGACUUCCCCAGGUCUUCAGCUGAAAACAGUCACUGUCCCCGGGGGUGGGGGGGUGGGGUGGGAAAAAAAUUUCCUUUUUAUUUUAAGACUGCUGACAGCAAUACUAUGCAAUAUAUGUUGUUUUUUGUUUCAGGGAGGUUUGUGUGAGUUAUCUUGGGAGAUGAUGAUCUCGGGUGUUGAUGGAGUUUGGGGCAGGGACCAUCUUUUCUCACCUUUCCCAGCCCUUCUGCCAAGCAGCAUCGGGUCAGGGAGGGCAAGCCCGCCCCCCAGCCCCCCAAAACUGCCUCGCACUUGCAAUCUGCCCUCUCCCCCGGGUGCCCCUGCUCCCAGCAUGUGGGGUGGGGAGGAGUGGGCUAGUGGUGAGGGGAGACAUCCCCCCCCACGCAGGCUCUGGGACACCCCGGAGAGGCCUCCUUUAAAGGAAAAAAAAAAAAUCCAUCUUGAUUGUACAUUGUUACUUUUUAUAGCUUAUUUUGUUUUUAUCAGUUGUAGAUAAUUCCUUGUUGUCUUAUAUUAAGAAAUACUUGAAUGAUGUACAGUACGCGAUGCCUUGAGCUGGUAUUGUGAAAGCUGUUGUUACUGCUGCACGCCGCAGCCUUUUUAAAAGAAAAAAUAACAAAAAAUCCUGGGAAGGGGAUGGCAGGGGGAUGUCUCGGAAAUAUUUUUUGCCCCCCUGUGCUUUUGCUGGCAAACUGUUUCCUCCUCUUCCCAUGCAUAAGAUAUCUCUUUUAUAUAAAUGUACACACACACUCUGCUGAAGGCGUGGGUGAGCAGCGCAGUGCGGGGACCCAUCCUGGUGGGUGCUUUGCGGACGCGUGGGCAUCCUCGGCUGGGGAUGCUGGCAGGUGCUGUGGGUCUUUGCAUCGAGGGGAUGGGAGUCCCGGGGAGCGCUCCAGCUCUUUGCUGGUUGUUUGGUCCAGGCUUGGCUUGGUGUUUUAGCUUGGGGGAUCGGUUUGACCGUGGACCCAGCUCUCCUGGCAUGGCGCUGGUGGGGGGACCCGUGCUGCCGGGGCGGCGAGCUCCGAGCAGCUCCAGUGUGUGGUGUGCGUGGCAGGGUCGGUGUGUUGGUAGAGAAUCUUCAAAUGCCUCUAGAGCCGGGGGAUUGACUCCGAAAUGCCUCCAGCCCUGGCUGGUGGCAGUGUUGGGCACCCAUGGGUGCCUCGUCAGGGCAGGGCUUGGCACCACACUGGGCCAGCUGGGGAGAUGCUGGUGCCGGGGCCAGACAUCCCCCUCCCCACUGCCAGUGCCUCUCCCAGGGUGGUUUCCAGACGGAUGCUCCCCGUGGUCCAGCACCAGCUCUCCCCUCUCGCCAACACCCUUCUUCUUCCUCUUCUUUCAAAGCCUUUCCCCUCCCCCAUAGAGCAUCUGUCUUGGAAACCAACUUCAAAAAGUUGUGGGUUUUGUUUGUUGGUUUUUUUUUAAGCUGGAAAUUUUAGGCGUUUUGGCUUCCUCUCCUUCCCCCCCACCCUUCCUUCAGCCAACUAACUCGACUUAGAACUGGUUAGAAAUGUUUACUGUGAAGCUAACUUUUUUUUUAUCAAAACAGGAGAAACUUUCUCCACUUUACAAUUGAUGAAGACUGCCAAAGCUGGUUCGACAAGAGUCAUGUUAACGCACUGUUGGUUUGUACAACAGCAGUCUCCACUCGGGGGCUGGCUGGAAAAUAAAAAUGAAAACUUAAAAAAAAAAAAAAAAUAGAAAAAAUCCCCACAAAAACAAGCACUUUACUGUAUGUACCAGGUGAACUGAUACAGCUGAAUUGAAGUUUUCCUUUAUAACAAUUGUUGAUGCCAGAAUUUUGUAUUCUGUUUUGUAAGAAUUUAAUAAAAAUGCAUUGAGACCUA